CASCAUUAUAGUCCCUUUGAAAUCAAAAUGGCAUCUUUUUCAAACAUGAGAUUGUAAAAAAGAAAACACUAAAGAUCUCCUCACAGUACAAAUGCUUCCAUUCAUUUGCAUGCCCUGAAGAAACUAAUAACUCAUCUGGUUACUUUGCUGCGUCAAACUUCUGGAAAAAGGCUAUAGACAAAGGAAAUCAUGUGUCGACUGUGUCCAGUUCCGGAGUGGAGCGAGCCCAUGAAAGUUCCUGUCGCUGAUCUUCCAACAUUUUUUGCCAAGCAAAUCAGUUGGAACUUCGAACGGCUGAACUUUGGAAACGGAGCUAUGAUCGAUACUCCAUCGGGCCGAGCUGAGAGACCAACGAUCACUGGAAACGUAGGUUGUAAGUUGAAAGAUGGAAUGCGUCCAUUGAGUAACAGAUCCAACAUCGAUCGUUAUCUUCUCGUCAGUGAGUGCCUUUUUUGUCCUGGUCGACGCUAUGGUUGUACACCGAGAGCCAACUGUACAGGGAAACGACGCCACUGCUACGCUCAGUGUAAAGUUAGCAUAUACGGAGAUGAUCCAAAUAUGUCGGAGAUUUAUUUCUCCGGGAGCCACGGGGCUGGGAAUAUUACAGAUGUGAACAAACAUCGGGUACCUGCGGCUGUCAGGAAUCAACUAAAGAGGAAGAGAAUGGAAGGAGCAAGCCCUGAUGAAGCUUUAAUGUGGUUUAAAAAGUAUGUUGAAGAUCAAGGCUUGAAUGCAGAUGAUCCACGCUUGGUACCAAAUGGAGAUCAAGUUAGGCAUAUGUUGAAACGUGUCAGACCAUCAAUUGGCCCAACCAUGGCAAYGCCAGAAAAUACUAUCAAUACUAACACCAAAGCAUUUGAAGAGAAUGAUCCACAAACACCAAAGACAGAAGAAAAUACAGCAGAAGUCUCAUGGUCAGAAAUUAAUGUUGGAGACAAAACUGCUGAUAUGUCUAAUGACCAGGAUGAUACAACAACAUCUUCAACAACCAGUACAAAUCCUUCCAAAACCACAGUUCAUGUUACAUUCACACCUCUUAACAGCCCUCUAAAUACACCCUUUUCUGUUCCUUCUUCCCACUUUGCACUUUCAUCAGGUGUCAAUGAAGUGCUGCGGACAUCAGGGUCAUCAGUCACUCUACUACCAUCGCAUACCUCUAUCAGACCAUCACCAUCCAGUUAUUUAUCCAAAGGCAUGAUGUCUGGGUCAGUGGCCGCCUCACCUGGAUUAUCAAAACGUCAAGCUAACCUACAGUUGGAAGGAAAAGCCCAUGAGAUCACCAUUCUUAAACACCACAUUCGUAUACUUGAACAAGAAAACCUGAGUAAAAUUUCUCAUAUUGCUGAGCUGGAAACCCAGUUACAUGCCCUCAAGGAGAGAGAUUUAAUUAGAUUAGAAAAUCAAGUCCAACGACUGGAAACAGAAAACUUAAAGAAAGAUGUUAAAAUACUUCAACUUGAAAAACAGCUUCAAGCAACUCAGCAAAGUACCUGCACAUGCAGUCCAACGGGAAACAACAUCAACAUUGAACCAGAGGUCACUAUUCCACAUUUACAAGAAGUACAUAUAGAACAGACAAAUACUUUUAAUGGAGACAGUAAUGAGGGUUUGGAAACAUAGUGUGGAAAAAAAUGUUUGUGAGUUUAGUUUUUAUUGUUACUACAAUCAGUAAGUAAAGUUCCCUGGAGAAAAGCUACGUUUCCAGCGACUGUUGCUUCUCCAAGCAAGAUUUUUACCAUACAGUAUUUUACCUUAUGAUAUAUAAGGUAACUAUAGGUCAUCGUGUAUUUUAUUAUGUACAGUAUUUAUAGAUUAAAGUAUUAGAGUAGCAGUGAACACUGGUAUAUAUUAAUUUUACAAAUAUUUAGGUAGGCAGUUUUUAUUCAAGGCCGGUAUGAGCUUAGAGGUAGAACUCUAUACCUGUCCCAUUUAUUUUAUGUUUAUAAAAUAAUCUAAAAGAAAUUCAAGUCAGAGAGAAUCUUGRAAUGGCACAAGCAGCAUGAAAAACAAUUAAGUUAUUAUUCAUCCUGGAUGUUACAGUACCACAAAAUCAGACAUAUAGGUUUGUUGUAUAAUUUCUCUGCAAGAUCAUAGCUAUUUGACAUGAACACUGCCAUUCUAGAAAAUAAUAAAUAGUUGGCUGUAUAUUAGAAAAUGUUACAAAUGGUUUAAUAACACUUAGUGUUUUUAAUUUUGUGUAGAUGUGUUUUUAGAGGUAAGAAUGAAAAGAUAAUUUAUAGGUUUUUGUACUGGGCAAAGAAAGUAUGUAAYACAAAGACUGUACUCAAAAAAUGUAAGCAAAGAAUGUAAUUUUUUUGCAAAGGCAUUUCAGAUCAAGCAGAAUACAGGAAGAACAAUAUGAAGCUUAUUAGUUGCAUAAAUUGCUUUCAUAAUAUGCUAAAGGUAAAGAAUGUGACCCUGAAAUCUGUGUAGUGAGGUAACAGUAUACUACGGGCACUGAUUUAGGCAACUAUCAAUUUAUUUUAGGAUUGCAGUAUUAAUUUAAUUGUAUCGAUAGAUUUGCAUAUCUUUAUUCACUCCCCCUGAUUUAGCCAUUCACCAACUUAAGCAUCAACAGCACAGUAGAUAUCAGCUCAUAUAGAUGUGUGUGCAAUUAUUCUCCCCUAGUUCUGCCCCAAUUUUAUACAUGCAAAUUGCAUGCUACAUUGAUUGCAUUGGAGAAAAAAAAUGUAGUGUAAUCAGCCUUGUGAUAUUGAACAUGUCAUGAAUAGAAAAGGUUCCUACUUUUAAGAUCAGCAUGGGGUUAUAUGCAGCAUYAAAUUGAUGAUGCACUACAAAUUGACUCCGCACGUCAAUGCUGCAUGCAACAUUGCAUCAUGUUCAGCCAUGCUCUGGUGUAAGUAAUAACUUGGUUUAAAACCACAAAUUAAAGUUAAUUUUAGAAUUAUCCUGUUAAAAAUAGAUCAAAUCUAUUGUAAGACUAAAGAACCAAUAUAAAAAUCACUAUGUUGUAAGUAAUAUAUACAGUAUGAGUGGCCGUGUUGUAUACGAUAUAUAAACUCAAGGCGUAGCGGUUUCCUUAACAAUCAUCUAGGUUAGUUCCUUUGUUUCACUAACAUUUUCAAGAUAAAAGUGAAUCUGCCCAAGAAAAUCCAAGUCUAUUGUGUUUUCCUCAUGAACUAUUAAUGAGUUUGUUAAGUUUGGUUACUGGUGAUAACAGAAAGUAUAUAGAUGAAUUCGUACAUUCAUGGUUCAGUGCAAAAUUAAUAUGAAAAAAAUCUUUAUAAGCAACAGUGUUUGCACAAACCCUAUGUAACUAAUUGGACUUCUAUUUGAUAGGCUUAAGAGAUAAUAAAUAAAAAUAGCGAAAUCAGUAAAGGUA